AUGUCCGCACCAACAGCGCUCGCAGAAGACAGAGCGGCGUUCCACCUGCUUGGCCACCCGCUUCCAGCCUUGAUCGAUCUCGCCUCGACAUCUGGUACCACCGUGGACCUGUUCACCCUGUCGCUCCGACAACCGAUCAUGCUCUUCCUCUACCCCUCCACCGCUUCACCUCUCCGCGCCACUCCUGCUUCAUGGUCCAGCAUACCCGGCGCAACCGGCUGCACACCUCACCUCACUUCUGUCAACACACACCUUUCGCACCUUCUCUCCAAGGAAUCCGAACUUCAAAUCUUCGGUCUCUCAACACAGUCCCACACCGAACAAAUUGAAGCCAAAGCUCGACUGGGACUCAAGUUCGAUCUGCUGUCAGACGAACGCCAACAGCUGAGGGAGGCGUUGGAUAUCCCAAGCUUCGAGUGCGAAGGGAAAAGGUAUUUCAAGAGGAUGACGUUGUUGUUGAGAGGAGGUCAAAUUACAAGAUUGGAUUACCCAAUACAAGUAGCACAUGAGGCGGCCAAGAGAGCCGAAGCACUGCUGAGGAGCGAGCAGGAGCUUAUGGACGAGGUUGAGGCGAGGGAUGCUGCAGCAGCCAAGGCGAAAGAGGGGCAAGAGGCGCUGGCAUGA